AUGCCGCGCAGCGGGAGUCGCGCUGCCUCUAGGCUUUACGCGCGGUAUGACAAAAAAAAGUCUCCGCGAGCAGCCGCGCAGCCCAACCCCAUCCUGGAGCCGGGCGGCUGCCACGAGGAGCCUUCCAAGGAGUCCGCACGACCCAACCACCGCGCUCGCCCGGUGCAGCAGCACAUACCGUUUCGGGAGAGUAAGUUGACGCACUUUCUUCAGGGAUUCUUCAGUGGAAAAGGGAAGAUACACAUGUUAGUAAACAUCAGCCAGUGUGCUUCAGCCUGUGAUGAAACAUUCAAUGUGCUAAGGUUCUCAGCUAUUGCACAAAAAGUUAUAGUUUCGGAUGCAUCUGUUCCUCCUCGUGAUGAGUCAUUUGGCCAGAACUCAGCAAGUGGGUCAUCAAUGCCUUGUUGCUCUAAAAUGACCAUCCCAAGGAGAAGCGCUGGUUUUCUGUGGGACCGAACCCUAGAAGAUGUAGUGGAAGAUGAUGACUAUGAGAUGGAGCAAGAACAUAAUAAGUCAGGAGAAGAAACAGUGCUGAAAUACGAAGAAAAUGAAGUCCUGAUAGGAAAAGAAGAAUAUUCAGCACUGCUGAAUCUUGUAGAAGACCUGAAGAACAAACUUAUUGCUGAGAAGAAGGACAAGUUACUGCUGGAACUGAAAAUUCGUGAUGAAGUGGCCCAAGAAUUUACCCGAUAUUUUGCUGAGCAGGAAACGGAGUUCAAAGAACGCCUUUCCCAUGAACGGGAACGGCUUGAAGAAAAUUCUGAAAAGCGCCUUGAAAUUUUCAAGGAACUUGUAAGUGGUUAUGCUAACAACCCAGAGGAAGAGAGAUUAAGCAAUCUGCCUUGCAGCGAACAAGCUGAACCCCUGGGUGGAGAACAUAGCGCGGUGCCUGACACCUGUGUUGAUCUUGAGAGCAUUCUUGAUUCUCUGCAGAAUGAUGUCAUGGAUAUUAAAAAGCAAGCUGAGGCAGCACAUAGCUACAUUGCAUCCCUAGAGGAUCCGCAGGAAGCUAUUGGUCGGCUUGAGAAGCAGCUGGAAAAAACUAGCUUUGAACUAAUGAAGACCAAAGAAGAGCUGACAGAGAAAAACACCAAACUGCUGAAAACUGAGGAAGAGCUGAGACAGAGGAACAAAGACUUUGAAAUGCAGGUGAUUAAAUUGGAUGAGUCUGUUGAGCAACUUAGAGAAGCAACCGAGAGAAUGAAUGUGCAAAACGAAAGGAUUCAAGUGCUAACAGACAUCGUGGUGCAGAAAGAUGCCAUUAUUACUAACCUACAAGACUUAAGAUCUCAGUUAGAAGAACAAGUAAAAGACUAUGAAAAGACUAUCACUACCGUUAAAACAAAACUGGCAGAAGAGAACUCUAAUAAAGCAACUGAAAGCAGCCAAUUGAAGGAACGUGGGGAAAGUGAGUUGGGAGUGGGCAGAAAGCGCUGUUUUGAAGAUAAGCCUACUGUGGAAGAGCCACCUCCAAAGAAAGGUACAGUUUCUUCCAUCGCUGAACAAGGUGUCUUCCAAAAAACCAAAUUGAUUCCUAUUCCGGAAUGGAAGCAAAAGGUGGUGAAGCACAUAUCUUAUGGUACGAGGAGAAAAUCCCGUGUUAUUCUGGUUGUGAAGGAGAGAAAGAAAAAGAGCACUUUAGAGCAAAAGAGAAUUGAACACGUGAAGCAGAAGUGCUCAGUGUACCAUAUGGAAGUGCUAGCACUGAGGGAAAGAACUGAAGCCUUGGAACGUCACUUAGCUGUGCUUGAAGAACAUUGCAGAAGAGAAAAAAAUAAAAAAGAAGUUUUCAGUAAGCAGGUAACAAGCCUGCGUAUUAAGCUCUCUUUUUCUGAAGAAACAGCUGCUGACCUCUGUGAACAAAUUCAGCAGUGUCAAGCUGAGUAUCGGGAAAUUGCUUCUGAACUGGAUGAACAGAGAUCUGUAAAUAUGGGGCUAGAAGAAAGAAAUGUUCAACUAAAAAACGCCAUAGAAGUUGCCAAACAAAAUAUAAUUGAUAAAGUGUCACAAGUAAAAGCAGUGCAGACCAAAGUAGCUGAGUUAUACAAACGUCACUUAGAGUCCUACGCCAUUGGUAAUGACUUAGUCAAUGUAAAGGAUUCCUCAGGCUCUGAGGAAGAUGAACCGGAGGGAUCUCAAAUUACUUCUGCAUGCAUUCAGUCACAGACUUCUUCAGUAUCAGAUCUUGCACAGGACCGCUCCUUUUACUGCGGUCUUGAAAGGAUUUGGGAAGUAUGCAAAAGUAUUAUCGAUGUUUCCUCACAAAAAAGUCAGCGGAUCGAAGCACUGCUUCAAGAUGUUGAAAGCCUAAAGAAGGGACUGAAAGAUGCUGAAAACUCGAAUAAUCAACUUGAAAUGAAGCUAAGUGAGGUUACAAAUCCAGACAGUCAGAAAGAAGAUCUCAUGAAUCGGUUACAAGAGCAAAUGGAAAAGAAAACUCGGGACUUUGAAAAAAGGGCUGCAGAAGAUCAUAGAGUAAUUGCACAAUUUGAGGAGGAAGUGGCCAACUGUGAGGUAAAAAUAAGAGAGCUUGAAUGUCUCCUGGAAGCUUUCAGAGCAAAGGAAGACAGCGUGGCAAAACUCAAAGAGAUACUUAAGGAAAAGGAAUCUAUCAUUGUAAAUCUAGAAACAGUUACGGCAGCUCUGCAGGAGAAGUCUGCUAAUGCGGACAAAAAGGUUGAAGAGCUAAGUAACGAAGAAGCAAAUCUGAUGGAAGAAGUUACGCAGCUGAAAAACAGCUUGAAGCAGAUGAAACACUCUCUUCGGGAAAAGGAAAAGAGUGAAAAGGAGCAAAUGCAAACUAUAGAAUCGCUAAAAAAGGUUCUUGCUGAGAGCUCUGUCCUUGUGCUGAAUUUGAAAAAAGAUUUGCAGAGGAAAGAAGAAGAGUAUGCAGACUUAAAAGACAAACUUCCUGAUGCCAAGAAACAAAUUCUGCAAGUACAAAGCGAGGUGAAGGAGGGAAAGAAAAAGAGCACUCUAGAGCAAAAGACAAUUGAAUACAUGAAGCAGAAGUGCUCAGCGUACCAUAUGGAAGUGCUAGCACUGAGGGAAAGAACUGAAGCCUUGGAACGUCACUUAGCUGUGCUUGAAGAACAUUGCAGAAGAGAAAAAAAUAAAAAAGAAGUUUUCAGUAAGCAGGUAACAAGCCUGCGUAUUAAGCUCUCUUUUUCUGAAGAAACAGCUGCUGACCUCUGUGAACAAAUUCAGCAGUGUCAAGCUGAGUAUCGGGAAAUUGCUUCUGAACUGGAUGAACAGAGAUCUGUAAAUAUGGGGCUAGAAGAAAGAAAUGUUCAACUAAAAAACGCCAUAGAAGUUGCCAAACAAAAUAUAAUUGAUAAAGUGUCACAAGUAAAAGCAGUGCAGACCAAAGUAGCUGAGUUAUACAAACGUCACUUAGAGUCCUACGCCAUUGGUAAUGACUUAGUCAAUGUAAAGGAUUCCUCAGGCUCUGAGGAAGAUGAACCGGAGGGAUCUCAAAUUACUUCUGCAUGCAUUCAGUCACAGACUUCUUCAGUAUCAGAUCUUGCACAGGACCGCUCCUUUUACUGCGGUCUUGAAAGGAUUUGGGAAGUAUGCAAAAGUAUUAUCGAUGUUUCCUCACAAAAAAGUCAGCGGAUCGAAGCACUGCUUCAAGAUGUUGAAAGCCUAAAGAAGGGACUGAAAGAUGCUGAAAACUCGAAUAAUCAACUUGAAAUGAAGCUAAGUGAGGUUACAAAUCCAGACAGUCAGAAAGAAGAUCUCAUGAAUCGGUUACAAGAGCAAAUGGAAAAGAAAACUCGGGACUUUGAAAAAAGGGCUGCAGAAGAUCAUAGAGUAAUUGCACAAUUUGAGGAGGAAGUGGCCAACUGUGAGGUAAAAAUAAGAGAGCUUGAAUGUCUCCUGGAAGCUUUCAGAGCAAAGGAAGACAGCGUGGCAAAACUCAAAGAGAUACUUAAGGAAAAGGAAUCUAUCAUUGUAAAUCUAGAAACAGUUACGGCAGCUCUGCAGGAGAAGUCUGCUAAUGCGGACAAAAAGGUUGAAGAGCUAAGUAACGAAGAAGCAAAUCUGAUGGAAGAAGUUACGCAGCUGAAAAACAGCUUGAAGCAGAUGAAACACUCUCUUCGGGAAAAGGAAAAGAGUGAAAAGGAGCAAAUGCAAACUAUAGAAUCGCUAAAAAAGGUUCUUGCUGAGAGCUCUGUCCUUGUGCUGAAUUUGAAAAAAGAUUUGCAGAGGAAAGAAGAAGAGUAUGCAGACUUAAAAGACAAACUUCCUGAUGCCAAGAAACAAAUUCUGCAAGUACAAAGCGAGGUGACUUUAUUGCGUUCUUUGGAGAAAUCUCUGAGGAACAGAAUUGAUGAACUCGAAAAGAUUAAAAAACAGUUCAGUGAAGAGCUGGAUGUCAAAAAGCUUACUAUCCAGCAACUUAGACAGGAGCUGUUGAGUACUGUGAAGUUGGAAGAAGUCUCCAGACAAUAUGAGAAAAUACGUGAAGAUCUGUGUGCGAAAGAAAAAAUAAUUGAAGUUAUGCGCAUGACGUUAGAAGAACAAGAGGAGACUCAGCUUGAACAAGAUCGAGCGCUUGAAGCUCAAUUUGAAGAGAAUGAAAGAUUAGCUUCAGAACUGGAGACAUGGAAACAGAGAUGCAGAGUACUGCAGAACCGGAGCAAUAGUGACCAGCAGCAAAAGGACAGGGAAAGGGAAGAGGCAAAAGUGAAUGAAAGAAUUCAAAUAGCAACUUACCAGGAUGGAAUUACUGUAUCAAUGAAUAUACUAACUGAGGCAGAUGAGAAAGAAAUAGACCCUGUAGUCUGGGUCAAAGAAGGGAAUAGAGGGGGGUUAAGAAUAACCCCUUUGAAAGUAAAAUUACAAGAAAAAUAUCAGAUUAUAAGACAAAGGCAAUAUCCAAUUCCAUUUGAGGGACGUAUUGGCCUUAAAUCUGUAAUACAGGGAUUACUAAGGGACGGGUUGUUGGAACCAUGUAUGUCGCCCUUCAAUACCCCCAUUUUACCAGUCACUAAACCUGAUGGUUCCUACCGAUUAGUUCAAGACUUGAGAAAAAUUAAUGAAAUAGUACAAAAAAGGCAUCCAGUGGUUCCAAACCCAUAUACCUUGAUGAGUAAAAUCCCAAAUGAAAACAGGUGGUUUAGUGUUAUAAAUUUAAAGGAUGCCUUUUGGUCUAUUCCACUGGAUCAUGAAAGUAGAGAUAUAUUUGCCUUUGAAUGGGAAGAUCCUGAAAGUGGGCGGAAACAGCAGUAUCGAUGGACAGUCCUACCCCAGGGCUUCACAGAAUCACCAAAUUUGUUUGGGCAAAUUUUGGAACAAAUAUUGGAACAGUUUCAGCCACCAGAAGGAGUGUUACUCCUUCAGUAUGUAGAUGAUCUCUUAUUGUCAGGGCCAGAAGAAGCAGAAGUUAGAAGAGCCACAAACGAGUUGCUAAACUUUCUAGGGAAACAAGGACUGAGAGUGUCAAAGGAUAAACUACAGUAUGUAGAAAAGGAAGUUAGCCACAGUAUAUUUACAAUCAAGUUACUAAAAAUUGAAGACCUUGAAAUGCCACGAGUGACACGAGUCAAUGAAUUAUCGCUGUGUGACCUUGCUGGUUCAGAAAGGUAUACCAAGACGCGCAAUGAAGGUGAUAGACUGAAAGAGAGUGGAAAUAUCAAUACGUCUCUCCUGACUCUAAGCAAGUGUAUUAGUGCACUCAAGAUCAGUCAGCAGUCAAAGGUGCAGCAGCACAUACCGUUUCGGGAGAGUAAGUUGACGCACUUUCUUCAGGGAUUCUUCAGUGGAAAAGGGAAGAUACACAUGUUAGUAAACAUCAGCCAGUGUGCUUCAGCCUGUGAUGAAACAUUCAAUGUGCUAAGGUUCUCAGCUAUUGCACAAAAAGUUAUAGUUUCGGAUGCAUCUGUUCCUCCUCGUGAUGAGUCAUUUGGCCAGAACUCAGCAAGUGGGUCAUCAAUGCCUUGUUGCUCUAAAAUGACCAUCCCAAGGAGAAGCGCUGGUUUUCUGUGGGACCGAACCCUAGAAGAUGUAGUGGAAGAUGAUGACUAUGAGAUGGAGCAAGAACAUAAUAAGUCAGGAGAAGAAACAGUGCUGAAAUACGAAGAAAAUGAAGUCCUGAUAGGAAAAGAAGAAUAUUCAGCACUGCUGAAUCUUGUAGAAGACCUGAAGAACAAACUUAUUGCUGAGAAGAAGGACAAGUUACUGCUGGAACUGAAAAUUCGUGAUGAAGUGGCCCAAGAAUUUACCCGAUAUUUUGCUGAGCAGGAAACGGAGUUCAAAGAACGCCUUUCCCAUGAACGGGAACGGCUUGAAGAAAAUUCUGAAAAGCGCCUUGAAAUUUUCAAGGAACUUGUAAGUGGUUAUGCUAACAACCCAGAGGAAGAGAGAUUAAGCAAUCUGCCUUGCAGCGAACAAGCUGAACCCCUGGGUGGAGAACAUAGCGCGGUGCCUGACACCUGUGUUGAUCUUGAGAGCAUUCUUGAUUCUCUGCAGAAUGAUGUCAUGGAUAUUAAAAAGCAAGCUGAGGCAGCACAUAGCUACAUUGCAUCCCUAGAGGAUCCGCAGGAAGCUAUUGGUCGGCUUGAGAAGCAGCUGGAAAAAACUAGCUUUGAACUAAUGAAGACCAAAGAAGAGCUGACAGAGAAAAACACCAAACUGCUGAAAACUGAGGAAGAGCUGAGACAGAGGAACAAAGGUUAUUCAGAAUUAAAGCUUCUCAUCAUCACUGUGAUGAAACAGUUCAUACGUACCAGUGCCAACUAUAACUUAAUGGAACCAAAUUCAGACGAAGAUAAACUUUUCAGACCGUCCUAUGUAGCUAGUGUGGAGCUACCUGAAAGAACAGGACUAGUAAACGUGGAAGAUAUUAAAACAAAUCUCUCUGAUGAGUUUAGUUCAGCUUCUUCAAGCUCAGACAUGAGCCGGGUGUUUGGACCUGAAGCAACUCAAGAAGAAUUCUUUGAAGGUACUAUGAAGCAGCCAGUGCAAGACUUCCUAGAAGGAUGCAAUCGUCUUGUUUUUACCUAUGGCAUUACAAAUGCUGGGAAAACCUACACAUUCCAAGGGACAGAAGAUGAUGUUGGUAUUUUGCCAAGGACAAUGGAUAUGUUGUUUAAAACCAUUGGAGGAAGGCUAUACACAAAAAUGGAUCUGAAACCUAUUCGGUGGCGAGAUUACAUAAAACUGACUAAAGACCAAGUGAGAGAAGAAACUGCUCUUAAAAAUUCAUUGCUUCGUCUGACAAAAGAGGAGCAUUUGGAAACUGACCUCGACUCUUCUGAAGCGUCCACAGAAAAUGGAAAAACUAGUCGGUUCCCAAAACCAGAGGUGGAAAUCCAACUGACACCUCUGCGACCUGAUAAGAUAGAGAUAAAGCAGCACGGCAGCAUGUUACCUGCAAGGGUGAAAAUGCCUAAGACAAGAAAGAAGAGAAAAAGUGGUGACAUGGAUGAGGAUUUUGUGAAAAGUGAGAACUCGAAAAAUACAAAGUCUGCCAUGGCUUUUAACUCCCCCUCUACCAGUGACGAGAAAACGAAAUCCAGGAAAGAGUACUUCCUAAGAAAGCGAGUACGUACUUCAGGUAAAAGAUUGACUAGAAUGAAUGAUGGAACACUACAAAAAGUUGGAGAUUUUCUUCAAAGUACUCCUUCUAUUAUUCACUCUAAAGCCAAGAAGCUGAUGGCAGCAGUAAGCUCUCCAAAAUCUCCUGAACCGGAAAGUCUUGGAAAGGAGGAGAUGAAGCCAAAAAGAUCCAAAAGGAAGCUGUAUUCAACUGACAUUUCUUGCCCUCUAGAUAUACCUGCUUCUUGGGUAAGCAAUUAUACGUUAUUAUUAUUAUACAUUACAUCCAAUGUAAUGCAUUUCUGUAGUCUUAGCUUAACAUAAUCUACUAUGGAGUCCAACAGACUUGAAGAUUUCAUCUAUUUGCAGGAGGAGGUUGAAAGUGCUGAGCUAUUUCUUUAUUCUACCUAGUCACUCUUGUUGUUCUUCCUGCAGUUUUAUUUUAUUUUCUCUUUGAAGAUCUCUGUAUUUUGCCGCUCGCUUACAGCAGACUCUGUAGGUAAUGUAGCAAUCAUGGAGAUGUCUUCCAAUUUGGAACCAUAGAUACUUACAGUGUGUUAGUUUGAGAUUAUUCUACUUCAGCUAUGCUAUUUUAAAGCACAACUUUUUCUAGGUAUGCUUAAACUGCGUUGUCCUGCCUAAGCCAACUUGUAAAGGAUCUGAUGUGCCAGGACUUGAUGCACCAUCUUGGAAAGCAAUUUUGUGAUUCUGUCACUAGCUAUGGUGCUAAGAGUGUUCUUGCUCGGUUGGAAUCACAUCCUUUAAUUAUCUUAGAGUCCUUUUUCUGUUUGAUAUAGUGAUCAUUUGCCCACACUGUAACAUCCCACUGAAUUUUCAGUUGAUUUGAUGGGUGAGGGGGGCAGAAGCCACAAUGGUUUUUGUUUGAGAAUGAAGGAAAUGAGACGAUUUCUUCUCUCACUGUAGUUCUGAGAGCAUGGAACUGAACAGAGAAGUGAAUUUCUGGGCAAGUCCUAGCUGCAGGGAUUUAGGCUAAAAAUGUUUUCUGAACACCUCAUGUUUCACAAAAUGUGCAUUAGAAUGCUCAUUUGAAAAUAAGUAUUUUAAAGUGAAUGCUGGCCUCAGGUUUCCUUUGUGUGUGGAUAUUUUUAAAAAUAAACAGGAUUUUGUACAUUCUCCUUAUUUGUUCCUUCGGAUUAAGCUGCAUUAAA